UUUUGAUAACCAGGAAGUCGCUCCAGAGAUCACGUGACCGGCUCCCUGUCAAGCCGCUGUAAAUACUGGCCAGCUAUGCUACUCGUAGCUCAGCAGGAGAAAAAGUUAAACCGUCGGUCGUCUGCUCGGUAACGGGGAAUAUUAACGGGCUAAACGCCCGCCGUGACAUGGCCCGCGCGUCGAGACACCGGACGGACGCUUCGUUUCACUUCCGUUAACCAAGACGAGUUAAAUACGAGCAGUAGUCGGUUGGCCUGGGAGGCUUCUAGCCUAGCCUAGCCCCCCCCCCCCCCCCCCUACUGUAGUGACAUUGGUUCGUUAGCGUUAGUGUUAGCCUACCUUAGCUAUGACUACGCAAGUGGAGAGCGCCGCGGCGCUGCGGGUCCCGGAGAGCGAGGCCCGGCUGGAGGCUUUCCCCCAGAGCCGCACGCCGAGCUCCGGGAGGGCCAGCACCAAGGGAUGGCAGUACAGUGACCACAUGGAGAAUAUCAACGGGUACUUGAUGAAGUACACCAACCUGGUGACCGGAUGGCAGUACCGGUUCUUCGUGCUCAACAACGAGGCGGGGAUGCUGGAGUACUUCGUCAACGAGCAGUCGCGGCCCCAGAAGCCGCGGGGGACUCUGCCCCUGGCCGGCGCCGUCAUCUCCCCGAGCGACGAGGACUCCCACACCUUCACCGUCAACGCCAUCAGCGGCGAGCAGUACAAGCUCAGGGCUACGGACGCUAAGGAGCGACAGCACUGGGUGAGCCGUCUCCAGAUCUGCACGCAGCACCACACCGAGGCCUUGGGCAAGAGCCAGGCCCCCUCUAAGUCCCGUAGUUUCUCCACGGUGUCCCAGGGCAGCGGCAGCUCGCCCCUGGCCCAGCGCCGGGCCAGCCAGACCGGGGCGUCGUCCUCCUACUUCAGCCUGACCCAGGCCCACAAGGGCUCCUCGCUCUACUCCAGCCGCAGGUCGCUGCUCCCCGACCACCUGCUGGACGCCCGCCAGAUGAUGGUGCAGGCCCAGGACCAGCAUAAGGACCUGAUCCAGACCAUCGAGGGCCUGCCCCCGGUCCCGGGCUGCUCGCCCCUGGACCAGGACCUGCUGAUGCUGAAGGCCACCUCCAUGGCCACCAUGACCUGCCUGCACGACUGCCUGCACAUCCUGCAGCUCCAGCAGCUGGCGCGUCACCACUCAGCCAUGGCAGGGCCCAACGUGGAGUGGCUGGAGCCCAAGAUGGCCGACAUCCUGAAGAACGGCGGCAGCGGCGGCUCGCUAGGCGGCUUCUCCACCAACGACGGCCUCCAGGGGGAGGGCCGGCUGGAGCUCAGCACCCCAGAGUCCUGCAGCUUCUCUGGGGAGCUGGAGGAGGUGGAUGCAGAGGAGGAGGUGGAGGACUCCUUCGUGGAGCGAGAGGAGGAGCUGGGUGCUGUUGAGGAGGAGCGCAGUGUCAUCCUACACCUCCUGUCCCAGCUCAAGCUGGGCAUGGACCUGACACGGGUCGUCCUCCCCACCUUCAUCCUGGAGAAGCGCUCCCUGCUGGAGAUGUACGCCGACUUCAUGUCCCACCCGGACCUCUUCCUGGCCGUCGCCGACGGCGUCACGCCCGAGGACCGCAUGGUGCGCUUCGUGGAGUACUACCUCACCUCGUUCCACGAGGGCCGGCGCGGCGCCGUCGCCAAGAAGCCCUACAACCCCAUCAUCGGGGAGACCUUCCAGUGCUCCUGGAGGGUCCCCCGGGCCCCGGACACGCCCCCGGAGCCGACCUCCACGGCCCCGCCCCCCCCGCCGGACUCCACCCACCAGGUCCGCUUCGUGGCGGAGCAGGUGUCGCACCACCCGCCCGUGUCGGGCUUCUACGCCGAGUGCCCGGAGAAGCGCGUGUGUGUGAACACGCACGUCUGGACCAAGAGCAAGUUCAUGGGCAUGUCCAUCGGCGUGUCGAUGGUGGGGGAAGGCUGCCUGUCCCUGCUGGACCACGAGGAGGAGUACACCUUCACGCUGCCCUGUGCCUACGCCCGCUCCAUCCUGACGGUGCCCUGGGUGGAGCUGGGCGGCAAGGUGAUCGUCACCUGCGCCAAGAGCGGCUACUCGGCCGUCAUCACCUUCCACACCAAGCCCUUCUACGGGGGCAAGCUGCACAAGGUGACGGCGGAGGUGAAGCACAGCUCCACCGGCGUGGUGGCGUGCCGCGUGCAGGGCGAGUGGAACGGCGUGCUGGAGUUCAGCUACCCGGCGGCCGAGGGCCCGGGCGCCGUGCGGCUGGUGGACGUCACCAAGCUGCCCGUCUGCAGGAAACACGUCCGGCCAGUGGCCCGCCAGGGCCCCACUGAGUCACGGCGGCUGUGGCAGCACGUGACGGAGGCGCUGCGGCAGAGGGACAUGGAGAAGGCCACGGAGCACAAGAGGGUCCUGGAGGAGCGGCAGAGGCUGGAGGAGAGGCACCGCGCCGACGCAGACGCCCCCUGGAAGACGCGCUACUUCGAGAGCGAGGGCGACGCCUGGGUCUACCACAAGCCUCUCUGGAAGAACCCCCCCUUCAAAUCCUAAAGCCGCCCGGCAGCACCGUGUGUGUGUGUGUGUGUGUGUGUGUGUGUGUGUGUGUGUGUGUGUGUGUGUGUGUGUGUGUGUGUGUGUGUGUGUGUGUGUGUGUGUGUGUGUGUGUGUGUGUGUGUGUGUGUGUGUGUGUGUGUGUUUGUCUCCAGCCUUAAGUUUGUCCUCUGAGGGCCUCCGUACCUCGUUCCGCCGCUCCUCCUCCCCCUUUUUAUCCAUUUGUUUGUUUUGCUUCCUAGAAACCAUGGUUACUACGGAACGAGUAGGAGGAGAGAGAGAGACAGGAGGAGGAGAGAGAGAGAGAGAGAGAGAGAGACA